GCCUUGUACUUAUCCAACACCCAAGCUAACAUGAUGUUUUCCAAUUCCGCAAUGGUUGUCUUCCACCGGUCGCCAAUAACAAAAAUAAAAACUCAAAGCUAAUCGUAUUUAGACACAGACUCCUGGUCUGUCUUGUCCGCCCAUGGAGCAUUCGUACUCUCACGGGAGCGACGCUUCAACACAGUCUUUCUUCACUUACCCAGACCCGUACUCUUCCUCUCCGAUGCAAGAACCAGACCUUUUCCCUUGCCAGUCUCCUUUCGAGCCGUCCUAUGAUUGUGAUUUCUCUCCUUCCCCGGGCCAAUGCCAAUAUGGUCUUGCAGACGUAUACCCAGACGUAUACCCGGACGUAUACCCGGACGUACACCCCGUCAACUCGUCCUAUGUCAACUCCAUUCCAAUCCCUGGCGCCGGUUAUGUCGACCACUCGCUCGCAACAUCUGCAUCGUCGAUGUCGUCGUCUCCACCCGUCCAAUGGCCGGCCCAAGAUACACAACUCUUCCCUGACAUCUAUCACGACAUUUCCUUCGAAACAACAUCUCCCAAAUCAAACAAACCCUUUCCUUGCGCAGACUGCGGAAAAGCAUUCACUCGCUCCGCCGACCUGAGACGCCACCAAACCAGCGUCCACUACCCCGUAUUCCAAGACUGCCCCGUUGCCGACUGCUCAAGAAAAGGCCACAAUGGGUUUCCGCGCAAGGACCACUUGCUCGAGCAUCUGCGCGCGUAUCAUCACGUCCCUGUGCCUAAGCGCGGGGCGUCGAAGAGAGUUGCUAAAGCGCAGUAUCUGUAGCAGAUCGCUUGCUUGCUACGGAAUUGCGUUCUUUUUCUUGCGAGUUGAAAAUGACUCGUCGCUUAUGAUUUUAAUGCCCCCUUGCACACUUUUUUUUAUUCAUUUCGGAUUCAUUCGUUGCUUUGAUAUUUCGAGACGCUACGAGUUAUGCUGAUGCUCAUGUUUAUGUUUAUGUCUGAUGUUUCUUCACGGUCAUGUCGCUGGCUGCACAUUUUCUGCAUACCCAUACAUAUACCC